GCAUGAAUGGAAAGUGCAUGGUGUGGACUGUGUUUGGCUAGGAAUGUUUACAGACAUCAAGCGCAGGUGACCUUCAGAAGAUUUGCCGCUAGGAUGUCUGGGGAUUUCACGGAUAACAAAAACAAGUUUUAUCGAGUUGUUUUGACCGGUGGUCCUUGUGGAGGAAAGACUACAGGCCAGGCGCGGCUCAGUACAUUCUUUGAAAACUUAGGAUGGAAGGUUUUCCGGUGUCCCGAGGCGGCAAUGAUCUUCUUGAGUGGUGGCGUGACAUUUCCAGAUCUCCAGAACGAAGAAAUUUUCAAGCUGCAGGAGAACAUCAUCCGUACCAUGAUGCAGAUCGAGAACACCUAUAUCCAGCUGGCAAAGUCCAUGUUGGCCAAGAGGAACGUCCUGAUGAUCUGUGAUAGAGGCGUGAUGGAUGGGUCUGCUUACCUGGAAAAAAAAGACUGGGAGAGGAUGAAGCAGCUGAACGAAUGGAACGAGAUUGACAUCCGGGACAACCGUUACAACCAGAUUAUACACAUGGUGUCUGCAGCUAAGGGAGCUGAGGACUUCUACACAGUUGCCGGACACAAGACACGGCAUGAGGAUCUUGAGGGUGCUCGGCAACUGGACAGCAUCACCGCUAAUGCUUGGGUUGGACAUCCGUACUAUGAUGUCAUUGACAACACGGUGGACUUUGAGACGAAGCUGACCAUGAUGAUAGCAGCUGUGUGUAACAGGAUGGGUAUUGAUGCAGACGACCGACUCGCUGCAGACAGUAGGAAGAGGAAGUUCCUGGUGUCACGUCUGCCUGGAGCCGACGAUUUCCCACACCACCAGACGUUCACGGUUGUCCAUGACUACCUGGUCACUCCCAGCAGGAAGAUGCAGGCACGGCUCCGACGCCGGGGACAAGACGCUAACUGGACGUACACUCACACGAUCCGGCGGCCCGAGAUCAACAAGCAGAGUGUGGAGUUAAGGAUGCCAAUAUCUGCCAAGGAUUAUGAGAUUCUGCUGGCACAGCGUGAUGACAAGCAUGCCACGGUGUACAAGAAGCGUCACUGUUUCCUAUACCAGAACCAGUACUUCCAGCUGGACGUGUACGACGAACCGUGUCCCGAAAAAUGCCGAGGGUUGAUCCUUCUGGAGACCUACACUACGUCAGCAGGGCGUUUAGAUGUACCUAAAUUUUUAAAAAUAGAGAAAGAGGUGACGGACGACCCUAUGUUUUCCAUGUUCAACCUGUCACUCAAGGACGAGUUCUCCCGAAACAAAAAAGAACUGGACUUGUCAAAAGAUGAAGACGAGUGAUUGGUUUUCUAAGUAAUGUGGUCUGUGUUCCGAUUGGCCAAAACUUGUAAUGAGAACCCGUAAGGCUGAAACGAUACACUAAAACACCCAAGUUCAACAAGAUAUGAAUUGUAUCAUACACAAUCUGCCCUUGUCGAGAUUCCUGUUUAGCAUCAUUAUGUGCGUUAAUGUUGUCAUAAAAUUAAUUUGGUAACACCAGCUGUUGCAACUCACUUUGAGCGGUGGGGUUGCCUAGUGGUUAAAGUGUUCGCUCGUCACGCCAAAGACCCGGGUUUGAUUCCCCACAUGGGUACAAUGUGUGAAGCCCAUUUCUGGUGUCCCCCGGCCUGAUAUUGCUGGAAUAUUGCCUAAAACUAAAACUCACUCACACACUUGAUCAAUAAAUGGCCAUAGACCAUGUGGUUGCUCAGACUGAACAAUUCUUUUUCAUAGAGAUCGUCCAAGGUGGGUAGCAGGGAGGUAACUCCACGUGGUGGGGGCCGUAUAAUAGAUAAAAAAAAAUUGUUAUUUAUUGUACAAUAUUUUUAUUAAAACAUUGAUACAACUGUUACGCGACAUUUUCAGCCUCAGAAUAUGCAUAUAUGUACCCCAAGGACGAUUCUCUUCAAAGAAUUGGAAACCUCUACAGGUUUAGCUAAAUUUAUUUU